UUAGCUUCUAGUUGUGCAUCAGUGAAACUGCCAUUUAACAGUUCGCAAUAUGCUUCUGAUUUUUUUUAUUCAAGUUCAAAUAUUCGGUUAUUGAAUGAUCUAUUUAGAUUUAUCAUUGACGGAAUAAUGCACAAAUUUGAGCACGGCGAUAAUUCAAGUCUUAAUAAUACGAAUGACGUAAAAGAGAUAGCCACUUUAGUCCCAGGAGUAUAUCGUCCAAUAAGCAGAACCUUCAGUUAUUGUCCGAAAAAUCUACGACAUGAAAGAGCUGUUCUUAAAACUGGAGAGAUCAAUGUGUAUCUCAAACAAGACUCAAAUUUUUUCUCUAAUUGCUUCCUUAUUCUUGUCGAAGCAAGAUGGAGAUGGACUCUAUUUUCAUUCUUCUUAGCUUUCACCACCAAUUGGUUACUAUUUGGCGGCAUUUACUGGUGCAUUUCUUAUGCCCACGGAGAUUUCCUCGAAGCAAAUCUACCACAGAACGUGAACAGUACAGAAUUUACGCCGUGCAUUGAAAAUAUAUACGGUUUCACAUCGACGUUUUUGUUCAGUGUAGAAAUUCACACAACUGUUGCGUAUGGCCGGAGAGCCAUCACAUUAGAGUGUCCUCAGACAAUAACCGCAAUGUGCUUACAAUGCAUCGUUAGCAGCGCAUUCCAGUCAAUUAUGAUCGGUAUACUAUUUGCUAAAUUGACGAGACCUCUAGCUAGGACUAGGACAAUUCUAUUCAGCAAAUACUCAGUGAUAACAUUACGGGAUGGACAACUUUGUCUUAUAUUUAGAGUUGGUGAUAUUAGAAAAUCUAGAAUACUUAAUAUUAAACCAACUGCAUAUCUUUUAAAGUGGGAUACGGACUGUGAUAAUCUGUUAAACGCGGAACAGAUAGAACUUAAAGUUGAAACUGUUGAAUGUGAAUCAGUGUUCUUUUUGUGGCCGGUGCAUGUUGUUCAUAUAAUAGACGAACAUAGUCCAUUUUAUAAUAUGUCCGCUGCUGAUUUACUUUGCUGUAAAAUAGAAAUAUUAGCUGUGUUUGAAGGUAUCAUAGAGUCGACAGGACAAUCGAUACAAGCGAGAGCAAGUUUUACGGAAACUGAUAUUUUGUGGGGUCAUAAUUUUGUGCCGAUGAAUUCUUAUAAUGAUGAUAAAUGUAAAUAUAAUGUAGAUUUUUCUCAAUUAUCUGUUGUAGAACAAGUAGAAACUCCGUUGUGUUCAGCCAAUGAAUAUAAUUCUGUUGUCACCGCAAUCUCAUCAACGUUUACCUUUGACUCUAAGAGUAGCUGACACUGU